AUGACGAGGCCACCCCACCCAGCCUCUGCCAGCUGGAGCACUUACCCCAUGAUGGAACUGAGGCUUCCUCCCCAGAACAGUAGCCAUCAUGUCAUGCUGGGAACUGAAUUGUCCCCUGAGACAGUGAUGGCUAUUCAUGGACUUCACAGAAUCCAUCCCGAGAUACUGAUCACCCAGCUCAGGACUGGACCAGGCCUACCCAUGUAUGCUGCCAGCUAUAUAAACCCUCAGUUCUCGUCUUUGAUUCCCUUUUCUAUAAAAAUCCCAAGGUUUCUGAGUAAUAAUCAUUGUAAAACAUUUCUUGUUCUAGAUGCUCCAAGUACCUCUAUAGUUCUUGAACAAUUGAAUGAGGCUGUUAGACCUCUCCGGGACUAUGGGAUUUCAGUUGCAAAGGUUAAUUGCGUCAAAGAAGAAACAUCAAGAUACUGUGAUAAAGAAAAGGAUUUGAUGAAAGCAUAUUUAUUCAGAGGAAACAUUUUGCUCAGAGAAUUCCCAACUGACACCUUGUUUGAUGUGAAUGCCAUCGUUGCUCAUGUACUCUUUGCUCUUCUUUUUAAUGAAGUGAAAUAUAUCACCACUGUGGAAGACCUUCAGAACAUAGAAAAUACUGUGAAAGGAAAAGCCAAUAUGAUAUUUUCAUAUGUAAGAGCCAUUGGAACACCAGAGCAUAGAGCAGUCAUGGAAGCUGCCUUUGUGUAUGGGACCACGUACCAAUUUGUCUUAACCACAGAAAUCACCCUUCUGGAAAGUAUCGGCUCAAAGGAUAUAGAACAUGCACAUCUCUACUUUUUUCAUUGUCAUCUCGUCUCAGACUUGACCCAGCAAUGUAGAAGAACACUGAUGCGACAGCCGCUGACUACACUGAGCAUUCAUGCGUUUGUUAAGACAAUGAAAGCCCCCCUGUUGACUGAAGUUGCUGAAGAUCCUCAGCAAGUUUCAACUGUUCAUCUCCAACUAGGAUUACCGCUGGUUUUUGUUGUUAGCCGAAAAGCUACAUAUGAAGCCGACCGAAGAACUGCGGAAUGGAUUGCUUGGCGUCUGCUAGGAAAAGCCGGAGUUCUGCUCUUGUUAAGGGACUCUUUGGAAGUGAACAUUCCUAAGCAUACCAAUGUGGUCUUCAGAAGAGCAGAAAAGGAAUUGCCACUGGAAUUUCUGGUGUUAACUGAUAUUGAUUCCAUAAUUUCUUAUGUGGAAGAUAAUGUGCAUAUGGAGGAAAAUGGAGACAGUGACAUGGGAGAUCCAGAUCUGGACAUUCAAGAUGAUGAAGUAGCUGAAAGUGUUUACAGAGACAGGAAGAGACAGUUACCUUUGGAAUUGACCGUGGAACUUACAGAAGAGACAUUUAAUGCGACAGUGAUGGCCUCUGACAGCAUUGUGCUCUUCUAUGCUGGUUGGCAAGCGGUAUCCAUGGCCUUCCUGCGAUCCUAUAUUGAUGUGGCAGUUAAAUUGAAAGAAACAUCCACUGUGCUUCUUACUAGAAUAAACUGUGCAGACUGGCCUGAUGUAUGCACUAAGCAAAAUGUUACUGAAUUUCCUGCCGUAAAGUUGUACAAGAAGGGUGAGAAUCCUGUAUCUUAUGCUGGUAUGUUAGGAACUAAAGAUCUCCUAAAGUUUAUCCAGCUCAACAGGAUUUCGUGUCCAGUGAGUAUAACAUCUAUCCAAGAAGCAGAAGAAUAUUUAAAUGGGGAACUAUAUGAAGACCUGGUCACCUCCUCAAGUGUGUCAGUCCUGGGACUAUUUAGUCCAGCCAUGACUAUGGCAAAAGAAGAUUUCACUAAAGCAGGAAACUACUUAAAAGGGUGUGUCCUCACUGGAAUUUAUUCCGAAGAAGAUGUUUGGAUACUGGCAAAUAAAUACGCUGCACCUCUUCCAGCCCUGCUGCUUGCCAGACACAAAGAGGGCAAGAUAGAGAACAUUCCACUAGCUGGCAUCUCCGUGCGAGGCAUAGUGCAGAUAGUGACAGAUGUGUUACAGGAGACAUUUCCAGAAAUCACGGUGGAAAAUCUUCCCACUUAUUUCAGACCUCAGAAGCCGUUACUUAUUUUGUUCAGUGAUGGCAGCAUAAAUCCUCAGCAUAGAAAAGCAAUAUUAACACUACUGGCACAGAAACUCUUGGAUUCAUUUACUCCUUGCUGGCUAAAUCUCAAGAAUACUCCUGUGGGGAGAGGAAUCUUGCAGGCAUAUUUUGGCCUUCUGCCUCCCCUUCCUCUUCUGGUUUUGGUGAAUCAGCAUUCAGAUGGUCAAGUGUUUGCAUUUCCUUCAGACAAGCCUAUAACUGAACAAAACCUUGCAUUGUGGCUUAAGAAAUUAGAAGCAGGACUAGAAAAUCAUAUCACUGUUUUAUCUGCUCAGGAAUGGAAACCUCCUCUUCCUGCUUAUGACUUUCUACGUAUGAUGGAUGCCGCCACAUCUCAUCGUCCCACUGGGAAAGCUCCUGGGCGCAUGAAAGAAAUGGAUGUGCAGGAGAGUGAUAAAGAGCAACACAAGGAUACACUGACAGUCAGAAAAGAACCAUUUGAAACACUGAGAAUAAAGCAUUGGAAUAGAAAUAAUUGGUUUAAAGAAACAGAAAAAUCUCGGAAGCCUCAUGGAGAGUUAUGAUCUCAAAAGUGAGCCAAUUUUGGGGGGGCUGUAAUUUAAGAGAUGAAAUUUAUUUUAAAACUGUAUUUCACCUACUCAUUAUACCCCAAGUAGCUUUCUUAAAAAUUAUUGAGACACUUCCUUUUCUUUUCUUUUUUUUUAAUACCAACUCUUCAAAAUACAGGCAUAUUUUACACUUAGUACCAUUUCUCAGUAUGGAGUAGCCAUAUUUCAGUUGCUCAUUGCCCGCAUGUGGUGUGUGACUGUCUUAUUGGAAAUCUCAGUGCUGACAGAAACUGGUAUAACUAAUUUAACUUAGUUGUAGCCGUGUAGCACAGCUGGUGAUUACAUUUGUUUUCUUACAGUCAUGAUAUUUUAACCAGCAUCUCUCAACAGGGGUGUAGUCUUGCUUCUGCAAGACAUUUGGCAAUGUUGAGAGACACUGUGGGUGUCAUGAUCAGAUGCAACUGUUAUCUGGGAUGUAGGAACAAGGGGUGCUGCAUUGGACACCCCCUUAACAAGGAGUUGCUCUGCCCCCAGAGACAGCAGCUGACUUGGAAAAGAGCCAAAUAGGGCUUCUAGAAAUAAAAAAUACAAUAUUUAAAAUUAAAAAUUCAAAUUAGACACAGCUAAAAGAGGGAGAUAACAGAAAGUUAGAUCAUAGAAAUUACUCAGAGUACACCAGGGACAAAAAGUUUUGCAUACUCUAGAGGAAUAGAGCAAACAGAAAAAUCUGCCUCUGUCUGUCUUUCUGUCUGUCUAUCUGUCUAUCUCUCAACCUCUCAGUCUCUCACAUCAGCUUACACAAGCAGAGAGGUUCACUAGUCUGCACUGGCCCUCGGUAGGCUGGAGAACUGAGGAAACCAGUAGCUGCUCAGUCCAAGAACAAGAGGAGCCAGUGAUGCAGCUUUUGUCUGAGGCUGAAGGUCUGAUUCCCUGUCACUGGUCCACAUUCAGAUGGAAAGGCUGAAGAAUCUGAAGUCUGAGAACUGUGAGUGAUAGCACCAGCACAAGCCAUAUCCACUCAGAAGUCUAGCAUGCCUAUGUUCAAGAGUUUGUCCCUACUGAUUUUCCAUUGUAGCCAGACAACCUGCCUAUUGGAUGGCGCCAUCUGUAUCUACAGCAGACCUGCUCCACUCGGUUCUCCAACCCAUAUGCCAGACAGCUCUGGAAACACCCUCAGACAUACCUACAAGUGUACUGUAGGCCUCUCUCGAUUUAAUGAAGUUGACAACCAAUAUUAACCAUCACACAUAAAAAUCAUGAAUGAAAAGCUCUAAGAGACAGAAUAACAAAGAUUAAAAGUGCACCCGCAGUUUUGUAAAGAGAGAGCAGGUCAGGAACAGAAGCCAAACAAAAGAACAAUUGACAGAAUCUUCUAGAACGAUGAAAGAUACCAGUUCACAAAUUCAGGAAGCUUAUAAAUAGGUUCAGUAAAAGUGAAUCCAUACUUGACACGCAAUGAAACUGCAAGAGUUAAAGGCAAAUAAAAAGCGCAAGAGUAAAGAAGACUAUAUUUAAAGAAGUGACAGUUUGAAACAGCGAGAUAGUGCAAUGAUUUCAGAGGCUAAAGGGAAAAAGUUGAUUUAGAAUUUCAUAUUUAGUGAAAAUAUUUUUUCAAGAAAAAAAUAGGAUAAAGAUAUUUUAGUAUAGCCAAAACAGAGUUGCCACCAACAAAAUAAGAACUUCCCAGACGUUUACUUCAUGUGGGAAGAACACAAAACAGAAGGGAAUGAGAAACUGUCCACCAUACCUCACACUGAAACUAAAUUGCCGCUGUGAGGUAUGAAGAGGUGGAAUGACUAGUAGGUGAUUGAGUCAUGAACAUGCUGCCCUCAUGAAUGGCUUAAUCCAUUCACGGCUGUGAGGACCAGUGGAUUAAUGGGUUAUCACAGGAGUGACUUUGUUAUAAAAGUAAGCUCUUACUCUCUGGCUUUCUUGCUCCAUGUUACCGUAUGAUGAUGCUUUCCACCAUGGCCCUCACCAGAUGCCUACAAAUGCUGGAACCAUGCUCUGGAUUUCAGAAUCAUAAACUAAAUUAACUGAGGCUCAGUUGUGGCCACAGAAAAUGUACUAAGACUUGAACAAAGUAGUAAAUGUGGAUAAAUCUGAAUGAAUAGUAUAAAACAAUGUCAUGAGGGAUUUUAAGAAACAGACAAUGAAAUUAACAUACACAAUGACAAUGUAGGAAAAAGAGUCAGUGGUUGAUGUGCUUGCUCUUCCAUGAAAAAAAAAAAAGGAUAAAGUUACUGAUUCAUUUUAGGUUUCAGUAAUAUGUGUUUUGCAAUUUUUAGGUUAUCAGCUAAAAGAAUCGAAAACUCAAACUGGGGAAAAUUUACAGGUACAAAAAACAAAUCAAAAGGCAAGGCAGGAAAAUAACAAACAGCAUAAAGGACAAGUAGUGUAAAAUCAGAGCAAAUUUAAUCUGAGGUAUUAGUAAACACAUGCAGAUAAAUCAAGUGUUUCAAUUAGGACUGCCAGGCAUGAUUUUCAGAAGUCACUUAUAUAAUAUUUACAAGGGAUUCAUGUAAAAAAUGUACAAGAAAAUUAAAGUAAAAGGAUAGAAAAUACACCAUGCAAUUUUCAAAGUGAAAGCUAUUCAAAUAAGCCUUAAUGUCAGGUAAGAUAUAUAUUAAGUAAAAAGCCAUUAUUAAAGAUGGUCAUAUCAUAAUAAUCAGUUCAACAGUAAGUUACAACAGCUGGAAUUAUUAAUUCACAAGUUUUUGAAGUAAAAGGCAGAUCACUAACUUUUUAAGUGAGGGAAGUUAUUGAAGAUGUCACUAAUAAAGUUGACUACCCAGUGACUGUUGAAUACACAUUUUUUUCAAGCUCACAUAGAAAAUUUAUAAAAGUUGAUAUAUGGGGCUACAGAGCAAGUCUCAAUAAUUGUUAAAGGAUUAAAAUCAUAUACAACAUACUCUGACCAUGAUAUAAUUAAUCUAGAAAUCUGACAAAAUGAUAAGAUGUGGAGUUAAGGAGCCAAGCAUAUAGCAUGUGUUUGUGAUGAAAAUCUAGGCAUCAUGUUGUAUAUUAAUGGCAAAACUUGGAAUUAAAUUGGAGCUGUCUUCACAUUUAGUGAGGUGGUAACAGAAGACUUUCCUAUCCAUAAUACUUUAUGCUUGACAAUUUUAUACAUAUAUAAGUAUGCUACAUAUGUAUAUAUAACAUCAAAAUAAUGGCCUAGUAUUGGCUAUUGAAUAACCUGAUGAUUCAGAUAUUUCUCCCAAUGAGAGUUGAUUGAUGUUCUAACACUUUAUGGGUGUAGCCAGUAAUUUCACAUUCUCUUAAAAGUAUGCCUUUUUUUCUUAUUAAGCUAUGAUAAUGGAAGUCUACUCAAGAUCUAGUUUGGAUAACCUAGGGUCAACUUCUUACAUAGGCCUAAAGAGCUAUGAAAAACAGAUGUAGAAUCUGCAGUCUAGUGAAAUACUCCAGACAGCCCUCUUGACUCAGAAUGGGCAAAAUUUCACAUCAGCCUUUUAAUCAAAACACUCAUUUCCUCUGACAUUAAAUGCAACCUGAAUUUUCUGUUUCUUGUGGGGAUAUCUUGUACAUUUAUGAAGACUACUUUUGAAGAAUUCACUUUGCUUAUGUUAGUCUUAUUUCCUUGUUUGAGAUACAACCUAAUGAGCUACCCUAUUCUUGGUGUCAUGAAGUUCCUUCUGGAUGUCUGGUUUAUUGCACUGAAAGUAAUUCAUGUAAACCAUUUCCUCAAAGUUACCAAGGAUAGGACUCUUCAGGGCACACCAGUCCUAGAUGGUCUUCACAAACAUGAAUUCCUACUUGGAUGUUGUAAGAAGCUAAGAUCACUCCUAAAAAAUACUUAGAUGGGGUCAGGGUUAUUCUAAGAUGUUCUCUGCAAAUACUGCCUAACAAAAAUGGUCAGAGAAAUUUUUGUUUGGCAACCAGAAUCAAGAACACCAAUAUAUCCUGAAACAUUUGGACACGGAAACAAGUGUAGCAUGCUGGGUAGAAAAGGGAAUUUGGAUUCAGACAGAAGAAUCUUUGAGUCUCCAACUUCUAGCCAUGUGUUAAUUCAUUUAAAAUUUUUACAACUUAAUUUAUUCAUUGGUGAAAAUACUGCAGCGUUGAGGCUUAAACGGACAUGCAUUCCAUAAUUGUCACCUUAAAGAUUGAUUUCUUUGGGGCAAAGGUCAUUUUCACAGUGAUAAAUUCUGGUAAUAAAAGUUGGAAAUAAUAUAUGGUGUGGAGAUAUAAAUGCAAUAACUAGUAUCACUUCCCUUCCACUCCCAAUUACAGAGUCAAAUGGUUACCAAUUUGGUUUCCAUUUGACCUUUUAAAUAUUUCACUUUUUGCGGGGGAGUUAGUCAUAAUACCUAAUUAGAAUACAAUUUGAAAAAUUAAAUUUACUUUUUCUCUUUUUGUGUAUAACAUUAAACUGUGUUAAAUAUUUCAUCCUUAUUGAGUACCGAGGUGAGGAGGUUGUAGAAGAAUCGUCCCACUUGAUCAUUAAUAUCGUCCAUAGUUGCUUUUUGAAGUGGGGCUUUCACUGCAAAACUGGACUUUAACACUUAGCAGGCAUUUAAAUUCUUACUUAAUGCUUACAAUGCCCUGUGUUUUGGCUGAAACAGCACUGUUGUCCUGCUGUGGCACAUGUUAGUGUGGCAGUCCUGUGGAGGACCACCUCCCUCAUGGGACUAGGCAGCCCUUGUGGUUGUGGUUGUCUGGUAGUUAUGACUGCCAGCUGAGAAUGACUUAGCUCCAUGUAACAGAUAAUCUAGCAGUCACUGAAGCACACAGGGGUUUGUUUUACUUAAGUGAAGACGACAGGAGCUACACAACGCUGGCAGUGCCCUAGAUGCUUUUGUUUUUCUAUCCAUACUGAAAUGGUUUGUUGCCACUUAAUUGUAAGAUACUGGCAGAAGCUCAAAUACCUGUAGGGUAGGAAGGAGGAUUGUACCAAAUACAUUUCUUCAUUUUAUGAGAACAAAGGCUAAAGCAAAAUCCCCUUAGAGAUGUUCCUUGUAUAAAGCAUACACCAGAGCUGGAUCUCAGCCACUUCUACUGCCCCAAAGUCCUGGGAAUCAAGUCCUACAUUUGGUUUUCCAGCCUCUACCCUGCAAAACCAUGGAAAAGGUACAGUCCACAUCCUGUCACAGGAAGGAAAGUAGGAGAAAGAGGAAUGGGCUCUGCCUAUUGUGUUUUGUCACUGGUGUGUAGACACACCCAGUGCAAACAUGAGGGUGAUCUACAAGCCCUCCACGGAAAAGCUCCACGCCAAAAGAAGGCCUGGCCUCCAGACUGUUGGUUUUAGUGGCCAGCAACUUUGGUUCUCAUACAUCCCUGAGUCUGGGUUGUGGAGUCCUGCAUCUGCUGUGUCUGACUCAGGACUGCCGUUGUGCCUCAGCUCAGCUCUGGGUAGUGCAGCAAUUCUCAUACCUUUGUAUCCUCAAGGAUUGUUUCAGGCACACUUUUACUUCCUUUCCCCUGAGGACUCUACAGUGAUACUCUGGCUCACUGGAAGGUCUCCUAAAGCACGGCGAUCCUUAUGUAAACCAGCUCUCCCCUUCUUGGGAUAUGGGGUAGUAAAGGAAAUUGUUCUCCUCUGUCCUCUCUUGGCAAACAGUCUUGGCUUACAUUUGUUCGACUUACAAGAACAAUUCAAAUGACUCUUCAGAGAACAAAAUCAUCCAGAGUGACUCCCUGUAUGUUCUGCUUGAUUACCAGAGAAAUGGACUUCAACUUUUCUCACAUAAAAGAAAAAUUUUGGCCACACAAAAAAUUAGAAAAUAUGUAGUUACUGCAGUACUUAGAAAUAGUACAGUCAUUUUAAAUUUCAUGUAACAUCUUUAGAUCAUAUUCAUUCAUGUGUUACUUUUCUCUCAUUGCUAAGACAAAAUAUCCAGCACCAAAAAUUAAAGGGGAAAGGGUU